AUGCCUACCAACCGCUUGCCUAAGGCCCUGGCAUCCGGCCGCAUCAGCCCUUGGAUGAAGCCCGGCCGCUCAACAACCAUCGUUCGCAAAGACCACACCAAGUGGGAGUGCAACGAGAAAGUUGUAAAGAACGACAAAGGUGAGAUCAUGGAGUGCCAAGAGGUCAUGAAGAUGAGCGAGCGAGUCUGUACGAAAUGCUGGUGUAUUCGCAGAGUCGGCGCAGCUGCGCUGACCGAGGAUGAGAUAUAUCUUGGUAUGCUGGUUUCUAUCACCAAGGGAAUCAAUGAGUGGUGGGAGUAUUUCCCCGAGCUGCAGGAGGAGAGUCGCGAGGCGCCAACUGACACUGCGAUGGAGGGAAUGUGA